AUGUCCGACUUGCGCUUCGAUAACCAGACCGUCGUCGUUACCGGUGCUGGCGGUGGUCUUGGAAAGGCAUAUGCCACUUUUUUCGCCUCGAGAGGCGCCAACGUCGUCGUCAACGACCUGGGUGGUUCUCACGCCGGUGAGGGCAAGUCGUCAAAGGCCGCAGAUGUCGUGGUAAACGAAAUCCGCUCCGCCGGCGGCAAAGCCGUCGCCAACUAUGACAGCGUCGAGAACGGCGAAGCCAUCAUCAACACCGCAAUUCAGAACUUCGGCCGCGUGGACGUGCUCAUCAACAACGCCGGUAUCCUGCGCGAUGUCAGCUUUAAGAAUAUGAAGGACCAGGACUGGGAUUUGAUUAAUAAGGUGCAUACAUAUGGUGCUUAUAAGUGUGCUAAGGCCGCGUGGCCGCACUUCCGGAAACAGAAAUAUGGGCGGGUGAUUAACACUGCUUCGGCUGCGGGAUUGUUUGGGAGUUUUGGACAGGCUAAUUAUUCCGCUGCCAAGUUGGGUCAGGUUGGAUUUACGGAGACUCUUGCUAAGGAGGGUGCCAAGUAUAACAUUAUUGCCAAUGUUAUCGCUCCUAUUGCCGCGAGCCGUAUGACCGCUACUGUUAUGCCCCCUGAUGUUCUCGAGAACCUGAAGCCCGACUGGGUAGUUCCAUUGGUGGCCGUCUUGGCCCACGCCUCGAACACUUCAGAGACUGGCUCGAUCUUUGAAGUCGGUGGUGGCCACAUGGCCAAGCUCCGCUGGGAGCGUGCCAAGGGUGCUCUCCUGAAGACUGAUGCUUCGUUGACCCCUGGUGCCAUCGCUAGAAAGUGGAACGAUGUCAACGACUUCUCUCAACCCGACUACCCCACUGGCCCUGCUGACUUCAUGAGCUUGUUGGAGGAUGGAUUGAAGGUUCCCAGUGCUACCGCUGGCGAGGAGCCCAACUUCAAGGGCAAGGUUGCCCUUAUUACCGGUGCUGGCAGUGGUCUCGGCCGCGCAUACGCCUUGCAGUUUGCUAAGCUUGGUGCCUCCAUCGUCGUGAACGACUUGGUCAACCCGGAUCCCGUUGUUGAGGAGAUCAAGAAGCUGGGUGGCCAGGCUGUUGGUAACAAGGCCUCUUGCGAAGACGGUGAUGCCGUUGUCAAGUCUGCCAUUGACGCCUUUGGACGCAUCGAUAUCCUGGUCAACAACGCUGGUAUCCUGCGUGACAAGGCUUUCACAAACAUGGAUGACAACCUUUGGAACUCCGUUGUCAACGUUCACCUCCGCGGUACCUACAAGGUCACCAAGGCCGCCUGGCCCUACAUGCUUAAGCAGAAGUAUGGCCGUAUUGUCAACACUGCUAGCACCAGCGGUAUCUACGGUAACUUCGGUCAGGCCAACUACGCUGCCGCCAAGCUCGGUAUUCUUGGUUUCUCCCGUACCCUGGCCCUCGAAGGCGCCAAGUACAACAUCAAGGUCAACACCAUUGCCCCCAACGCUGGUACCAACAUGACCCGUACCAUCAUGCCUGAGGAGAUGGUCCAGUCUUUCAAGCCUGACUACGUCGCUCCCCUGGUCGUCCUCCUUUGCUCCGACAACGUCCCUGGAGCUGGCACCAAGGGUCUGUACGAAUGUGGCAGCGGCUGGUUCUCCUGCACCCGCUGGCAGCGCUCUGGCGGUCACGGAUUCCCCGUGGAUGUGCAGCUGACUCCCGAGGAGGUUGCCAAGAACUUACAGAAGAUCAUCAACUUUGAUGAUGGCCGUGCUGACCACCCUGAGGAUGGCCAGGCUGGUGCUGAGAGAAUCAUGGCCAACAUGGCUAACCGCAAGGGCGGUGAUUCCGAGGGAGAGGGCAGCAUUCUGCAGAACAUCGAGAAGGCCAAGAGCCUGUCUGCUGAGGGUACACCCUUUGACUACGUCGACCGCGACAUCAUCCUAUACAACCUCAGCUUGGGUGCCAAACGCACUGACCUCCCUCUGGUGUACGAGAACAACGAGCACUUCCAGGCUCUGCCCACCUACGGUGUGAUUCCCUGGUUCAACACCGCCACUCCCUGGAACAUGGAAGACAUUGUGGCCAACUUCUCGCCCAUGAUGCUGCUGCACGGUGAGCAGUACAUGGAGGUCCGCAAAUUCCCCAUCCCCACCGCCGCCAACACCCUCACCUACCCUAAGCUCAUCGAUGUCGUUGACAAGGGCAACGCCGCCCUCGUGGUCGCCGGCUACACCACCAAGGACGCCAAGACUGGCGAGGACCUGUUCUACAACGAGUCGACUGUCUUCAUCCGUGGCAGCGGUGGCUUCGGCGGCUCUCCCAAACCCACCGCCGCUCGCCCCAAGGCCGCCACCAACGCGUACAAGGCUCCCCAGCGCCAGCCCGACGCCGUCGUUGAGGAGAAGACCUCCGAGGACCAGGCCGCUCUGUACCGUCUGAAUGGCGACCGCAACCCUCUGCACAUCGACCCUGAAUUCAGCAAGGUCGGCGGCUUCAAAACCCCCAUCCUGCAUGGCCUGUGCUCGCUGGGUGUCUCUGGCAAGCACGUGUUCGGCAAGUUCGGACAGUUCAAGAAUCUGAAGGUCCGCUUUGCAGGUGUUGUUCUUCCUGGCCAAACUCUCAAAACGGAGAUGUGGAAGGAAGGAAACACGGUUGUCUUCCAGGCUACGGUUGUGGAGACCGGUAAGCCGGCGAUUACGGGCGCUGGCGCUGAGCUCCUGGAGGGCGCUAAGGCUAAGCUGUAA